UUUUAGUAGAAAAUAAAUUAAAUAAUAUAUUAAUCGGAAAAAACAAAAUGUUUAAAAAGCUGAAGGAGAAGAUCGAGUCCGUGGCCACUGAUAUGAGUGAUAACGGGGCCGAUAGUGACCGCACUCCGGGUGACAGAGAUGUGGCCACUAUUGGCCGCAAUCUGUUGUCCAAAACGAUGGCUAACAUCGGUUGGGGAGCCGACGGGUAUAAGUCGGACGACUCGACCGCCAGUAAUGGUGUGGCAGUGGUUAAGCACAGUGUCAUCGAUGGCACCGAUCACGACAUGAUUACCUUUAAUGAUAGCGUUGGCGCCGAUAAUGGCCUCAAAAAUAGCGUUAAUACUAACCCGACGGACGUCAAGGAGUUAAGGCGAGAGUUGGCUGAUCUCCACAACCAUAACAAGAAACUCGGCUCAAGGGUUAGGGAAGUGGAUGUCGAGAAUCACGUGUUAAACCGACAGAUCACUGAUGUCAACGAAGAA